GAGCACGAGCUGGAGGAUGAAGAGGACGAGGAGCAUUUCUUGAAUACGUUUUCUUUCCUGGCGAACGUUGGCACUUAUGCUGCGCAUUUGUAUGCUCCCGCUUCGGGCAAAUACUUUUUUAUUCGAGUUUAUUUAUUUGUUCGUUCCUGUCACACCGGGUAGACGUCAUCCUCACCGGAGCCGCUCAGUGUUGCUUACAUUUUCCCCUCAGAAGACAUGCUGCUUUAGAUCAGGAAAAAACGCACAUCGUUAUUGAAUAACCACGCGACCUAGAACAUGAGACUGAAUGGGGAGUGAUCGUCUGAGGAGAUCCCUUAUCAACAAGAAACACCUUCGUUCAAACUUACCUCAACUCACCGUCGUUACGCCGUCGGUUAUUCUCAAGAUGAGUGGACGUUUGAACGGAACUGGCGUGGAUAUCUGCUAAACUUGGUAAAUAUGUGAGACAUAUGAAUAUGUGUAGUCGCAGGGCUCCACCUGGGAGACGAAGGUGGUCGCGUUUCUCCGCUUGACAGCUCAGAACGAAAAACGUUUUGUUUGUUCAGACUCCGGGAGUGGACGUCGCUGCCCAGGGUGCUGAAUUUUACCAGGACCGGGUCAGAGAUAAAGGAAGGAAAGUGACGGAUCAGAGAGACGCUCAGGCGUGCCGUGAAUAUAUUUUCAUAUUCUAUAUUUCGGAGGAGCCGGGCAACUCAUGUGAUAAUCAUUUUCCGAAAAGCAUUGUGAAAUCAGGAAUGAAAAGUAAUCUGCGAGCCGCGUGACUUCGAAAUGAAAAUUGGACAACAUGUGAAAUACGGACAGUUGAAGUAACACUUCACCCUUGUAUUCAUUAUGCUAAUUCAGUGUCUUAUUUCUCCAGUCGUGAUGUGUGGAUAUCUUUGAUCAUCAGCUGUGCAUUUCAGAGGGCAGAGCACACAAACAGUCGCAAAAAUGGGACAAUAAUUGAGACCGAUCGGGCGGUUUGUUGUUGUUGUGUGUGCUUUGUGUGUAAGGAGUUCAACAGCCCUGUUUUUGAGACAUGGCAGCGGCGAUUGCCAGCGGUUUGAUCCGCCAGAAGAGACAGGCACGGGAGCAGCAUAUAGACCGACCAUCCACCAACAGAAGGAGAAAAAGCCCCAAUAAGAAUAAAGGGCUUUGCAAUGGGAACCUGGUCGACAUCUUCUCCAAAGUGCGAAUCUUCGGCCUCAGGAAACGCAGACUUCGACGACAAGAUCCCCAGCUCAAGGGUCUAGUGACCAGGUUAUACUGCAGGCAGGGAUACUACUUGCAAAUGAACCCAGAUGGAUCUCUUGAUGGGACUAAGGAUGACAGUAGUAAUUCUUCGUUGUUCAACCUCAUCCCUGUGGGCCUUCGGGUUGUUGCUAUUCAGUCUGUGAAGACGGGCUUGUACAUUGCCAUGAAUGGAGAAGGCCAUCUGUACACAUCAGAACUGUUUACGCCAGAAUGCAAGUUUAAAGAGUCUGUGUUUGAAAACUACUAUGUGAUCUACUCAUCCAUGCUGUAUAGGCAGCAGGAGUCGGGGAGAGCAUGGUUCCUUGGCUUAAAUAAAGAUGGCCAGGCCAUGAAGGGGAACCGGGUGAAGAAAACUAAACCAGCUGCUCACUUCCUGCCCAAGCCAUUAGAAGUCACUAUGUACCGAGAGCCAUCAUUGCAUGACGUGGGGGAGACAGUGCCCAAACCUGCCGUGCCUCCCAGUAAAAGCACAGAGCCGGCCAUCAUGAACGGAGGCAAACCUGUCAGCAAGGAAACCAAGCCCACCACAUAGCCAGAUCCCAUCUCGGCCAUGCUCAACCUCGGAGAGCCGUGCUCCUUUAGUCAGACUCUCCAUGUUUGUGGAUCAGAUCCAGGCAUCCUCUGCUCUCUCCUCCCAGUUCCCUCCAUCCCCCUUCACUCCUCCGACUGUUCCGAUCUAAUUCGACGACGGAUUGGCUCCGGAAGUGUGGUCAGCUGUGCACGUAGGAGGAUGCAACUGGAUAAACCAGCUAAACUUUCACCAUGGAAUGCCCUAACUGAUAUGGAAUGCCUUUUGACAUACAAUAAAGCUGAUGUUUUUUCUGUAAUCGAGACAAUCCACAAGAAUGAAAUUGUGUACCGCAGGCGCUUGUGUGGCGGUUCUUUAGCCUGCUAACAGUCACCCGUUAUAACCCUUUUCUUGAACCCUAUUGCAUCAGAGACCAUACAUUUCAGAUCUAUUUUCUAUAUACACAGUAACACCAGCUACACUCUGGGGUAAUACUGUAAAGAUAUACAUAAAUGGACUGGAAUACACAACUUGUUUUUUUAAUUUUUUUUUUAUCAAGUACACUCUUGUGUCUCCUUCUUUCUAGGUGUCCCCCAGUCUCUGAAGCUCGAAUUUCCAAAUCUUUCCCUUUUGUUGGUUACUUAUGAAAUUUGUUAUCGGGGCAGUGUGCGAUGCGUUCUGGCGUGCAGUCAUUCAAACACGAUGAAAGUCCUUUCACGUUGAUAAUGGUCAAGAGACGUCAAUCUCUCAAGGGGAUGGAGCCUCCUAAACAGAAUCAAACUCAUUAUCCAAGGUUCAGCACUCGUGUCUUCUUCUUGUAAUGUCUAGAAAGGGACACAAGUAUACUUUUGACAGCAAAUGCCAGCGAGUGCGUAAGUCAUGCCCGCAGCAGUCCAACACAAGGAGUUGGCAUGUGCUGGGGAAGGUGUAUAGAUUACAUAUCACUAUCUAGUGCGGUGUAAAUUGGUUUCAACCCCAGUAACUAGGUGAAUUUCCACUUUUCUUUGCUCUUAAUUUAGAGCGUGGGCUCUAGGAAUAUCUAUAGGCCUUGUAGGCCUCUGGUCAAGGCCCCGCUUUGACAUGCUGACUCCUCUGAACUAUGAGCUAGUUCUGGUGAGCACCUUAAAUGUGACGAGAGCGGCAGCCAUAGAUAAAUUCAGUCUACUUCAGGCCUGUGUGGUUAAAUGGCUCAAUGUAAGUAGGCACCAUUACUAUUGGCUGCACACCCAUUUUGUUCAGCAAAGGCAUGGCCAAGGUUAGUAUUAUGUUCUGUUCUUGCAGCGCUGACGCAGUGCAAGAAAUGGCUUCUAUAACAAUGUUUUCACUGUAUACAAAUAAAACAAAAAUCUUAAAAAAAAAAAAAAAAAGGAAAUAGAUUUUUAACUACCAGAUAUCAGGAUUCUGAAAUGAGAGGGGUUUUCCUAGCUCAGCAUGCAGAGUCCAGUACUGCUCAUCCUGUGCCUGUGAUGACCUCUAACCCAGCAUGCAAAAACAUGUACCCAGUCUGUGCUGGGUUAAAGGUGCCUCAUACCCCAGACACACACACACAAACACAGAUUCAGUAGCAACUUAAUCCACAAACACACAAAAGUUGAUUGUUACCAAAGUCCGUAAACACGAGAAUCCAGCCGAACAAUUUUAGUGACUCUGAGGAUGGCGGUCCUCUUCGGUUUUUGUUCUCAUUGUGACUAGGGUUCAUCACGAAGAACAAUUGUCUCGACUUUUUAAUCAUUUCAAUUCAAACUUGAAGAGAUUCCAAAUGAUGUCCUUCACUUCGAUUGUUCAUUUAGUACAAGACCGGGGUACCUAUUACUAAUCACCUGCAUGUGUUUUCUUAAGGACCAAAGUAUGGGACGGCUAGAAAUGUUUAAAGCUAGUUUGAGGCAUAGGGCUACACUGUAUGGGCAUGAUUAUAGAAGGCUCUCUCAUACUCUGGAUUGAGACCAUUGCACUUUGCGUUUGAAAUCGUCAUCUACUCACAUCUACUUAGGAUUUGAACGAUUAGCCAAUUAUCAGCCGAGCUGAAAUAAAGCCUGUCUUGCUUUAACAGUUUUCAUAGUUUGAAUGAUGAAUACCGUUUAGAAUGUUAUGAAGUAGACCGAGGCUAUGCUGCUAAAUACAAAUAUAUUCUACACUUCAUUUGAAGACCUAUAUUUUCAUUUAUUGGGAUUUUGAGCUAGUUUCAUAUUAGGAGAUGUUCAAGCACAUUAGACUUAAUAUUUGUAUGUACAAAGUCGAAUUUAAUGCUAGAAUGAGAUGCAGUACUAUACAGGAAAAGUAGCUUCAUAUGUGAAACCAGUUCGAGGCUGGUGUCCCACUUCCACACGAAACAAAUCACUCACUCCAAUGAGCUCUACAUGCUGGGCUACAGCUGCCCUGCAGACCAGUGAACUGGUUUUACGAAGGUUGGAUUUAUUUUUGUAAGUGACUGGUGAGUAUGUGUGCAUUAGUUAGUACGUUUGUUUGUUUGUUUUUUCCUCUUUCAAAUGUCUGUGUUUGUUUGGUUCCAUUCAGGUCGUGCGUGACGUCAUUAAAUCGUAAUGAGGAGCAAUUGCUGAACAAUUGAUCAUUUCUGUGUUUUUUCCGUAUUUCUGAUUUUCAAUGGUGAAGGAAGGUCUCCAUUGUCUGUUGAUUGGUUUUGAACAUUGAUUUGACAGUUACUUCAUCUGUUGCAUGGGAAGAGGG